CAGAGCUCUUGGUGGAUGAUAGGGAAUGGCCGUGAGUUGCGUCUGCCGAUAAUAGCACAUCAGCCAGAGCGCUGCUAGUGGGGCAGCAGAGCGCAGGCAGCGCAGAGGACUGAGCCGCUGAGCGCACAAUGGUUCACCAGACAGAGAGCGUGAAGGGAGAGCGCAUCCGCACAUGUACAGGAGAGGAGGACUGAGCAGAAGCAGGGCAGCAGCAGGAGGAGGAGAAAAGUUACCCGGUCAGCAGCUGAGACUCACUUGGGUCUCAGUCCCAGUGGAGGAGCCAAGCACAUCAAUGAGCAGAGCAGGAGAAGAGUGAUAUUACAGCAGGGAGAGCUGCAACUUCUCAGAAUCCAGUCCUGUCACAAGGCAAACAGGAGCCGCUGCACUGCUUACUCCAGGAUUAUCACAGGAAGGCAGAGGACUCUAACUGUGAACCUGCCCCCAAAGUGCCUCUGCUGCUCCAUCCAACUCACUUCUGCAGGAGACCACCGGAAGGUGGAUGUAGUUGGGUGCUGUUGUCUUUUUUUCCUUUUGUUCUAAACUGUGAAGCAGUAGAGAUUUGAAGGGCAAGUACUUCUGUCUUAUCUCUGGGACUAUGUUAGUCUGUGCAUCAGCAGCAGCAGCAGCAGCAGCAGGCGCUCUAGAGCAUGGAGAAGUCCAGCAGUGAGGAGUCAGCCAUUCAUCGAAGUCCAUCAGUAGAUAGCCGGGAUUCUGAUUUUCCUCAAGCCUCCACGUCUGGUCGGCCGUUCGGCGGCCGCGGCUUCACAGCUGGUGCUUUCUACGGCUCCACGGGGCCGCGCAAAAACGCACAGCAGGGACCGGCUGGAGCGGCAGCCGACACCAGCGCCGCGGACAAGACCAACAAGUACAGCUCACCCAAAGGCAGCAAAUACGUAGUCUUUUACCUGGACCUAUCCUUUGUGUUCCUUCUAGAGUUCAAGAAGUGCAACAUGGCGAGAGGCUGCUUGUGCUGCUUGAAGUAUCUGAUGUUCAUCUUCAACCUCAUCUUCUGGUUGUGUGGCUGUGGGCUGCUUGGCGUGGGCAUCUGGCUCUCUGUGUCUCAGGGCAGCUUCGCCACCUUCUCACCUUCAUUCCCGUCUCUGUCAGCUGCCAACAUGGUCAUUGCUGUUGGCGCAAUGGUCAUGGUGACGGGCUUUCUUGGUUGCCUGGGUGCCAUUAAGGAGAACAAGUGCCUGCUUUUAAGCUUCUUCAUCGUACUGCUGAUAAUUCUUCUGGCAGAGCUGAUCCUCCUCAUCCUCUUCUUUGUGUACUCUGAUAAGGUGAGCGAGAACGCUAAGCAGGACCUGAAGGAUGGGCUGGCUCUGUACAACUCAGAAAACAACAUAGGCCUUCGAAAUGCAUGGAACAUCAUCCAGGCGGAGUGGAAGUGCUGCGGUGUCGUAGCGUACACGGACUGGCACGAGGCCCUGAAGGAGAAGGUGGUUCCGGACCGCUGCUGCCAGGAGCAUUACCAGAACUGUGGCCGCAACUCCACCAACAUGUUCUGGAACCGGGGCUGUUUUGAGAAGGUGGAAGAAUGGCUGGAUGAAAACAAGCAUCUGCUGGGAACCAUAGGCAUGGUCAUCUUGGUGGUGCAGCUGCUGGGCAUGGCGUUCUCCAUGACGCUCUUCCAUCACAUCCACAGAACAGGGAAGAAGUACGACGCCUAACCAGUGGAGGAGCCCCACUGCCUGCUGGGAAGAGACUCUGAUUCCAACAUUCAUGCUUCCCGUCUCACUUCACCACUUGUGUAAAGCAUCCUGUGCUGCUUCCUGGCCUGUGUUCCUGCACCUUUCCUGCUCUCUCCUCCUCUCAUUCAUUUUGCCAAAGAGUAACACAACUGGAACUGAAGGGACACCUACUUUUGGCAAGCAAGAUAAUAACAUUGGUUCUGAAUGAAAUAUACUUAGUUUUUUCUCAUCUUCUUGAUCAUUUUUCUUGGACUAACAGUUUGCUGGAAGGAAAGUUGGAUUUGAGACAAUGAAGACUGAACUGAAGCCCAUACAGCAUCUCCAAGGUGACGAAAACCCAUGAAAUAGAAACUAAACUUUUCUCCUUUCUGGAGGUUUUUUCAUGUUGAUCAACAAAAUGCUCCCCUUGUAAAUGGAUAAAGACCCAAUACGGCAUGCUAGUUUUUUACUUCACUGACUUACGUGUCUCUGAAACUUUAGUUUUAAACUUCUCAGAUUUGUUCUUUAUUCAAGCACUCCUGCAGAAUGUUGAGUGGUGAGCAGCUCAGCGUGGCGACCCGGUAGAUGUGCUGCGUGUCGCUCGGGUUUGACGUGAAGAGGCAGACGUGUCUGUGUGGUUUUUGUUGUAAUCCAUGAUUUUUUUUUUUUUUUUUACUGCGCUGUGGAGAUUAGGGAAAAGGGAAAGUGUUGGAAGAACAUCAUGUGAGCGUGAGGAAUUAUCAGUGGAUUUAUUUGCCAUCAAAUUCUGAAAAAUCCGCUGGGUAAUAAACUUUAAUUCAUGUCCUUGAACACGCAUUGCUGUGUUCAAACUCCCCUGUGAGGCAACAUUCACAGUGUUAAACUGUUUGUUCGCUCCAUGAAGGGAUCCGGCUGAUAAAGUUGUUCUCUUUUUUUAGACGUUGUGUGUUUAUCUCUGUGUCUGUUUGAUCACUCAGAGGAGGUAAAACCUGGAAUCAGAGAGGAAAGGCUAACGGCAGACAUGUUUUCUCACUGCUGCAGCCAUCAUUUGUGCUGGCAGGAGGAACCAGCAGCUUCCUCCUCCAGCUCUCAUCCAUUCGGUCACCCUCAACUCAAACCGGCCUCCAUUUUUUCUGUUUACACCCCGAUUCUCUUCCCACAUGUCAGAAAGCAGUGAGUUUGACAUUCCUGCUCAUUACUCAGUCACACCUCUGGUUUGCAAUUUCACAUAUUUCAUGUAAGCUUACUUUUUAUGCAGCCUAAAGAGAAAUUGAUGAGGGAGGGGGGCUGGGAUUAAAGCCAAGGUGGAUAGAUAUAGCAACACAAACCCUAGCUGUAGCACACGUCUGUUUACGCACUGAUGCACCGCAGGGAGCCUGGGCAUCAGUCUGCCUCCUGCAGAACAAAAAUACUCUUCAUCUGCUGGUGGCUGGAAGAGAAUGCCCCCCAGUUUAUCUCAGAAGGUAUAAAGAGGUGUGAAGAGCUACCUUUAUUGGAUGGGGAUCGGUUUAGCUGCGCCUGUCAGGCUUAGGUUAUUCAGUUUUUGUGACGUCUCCGGGGUAAAUUGUUUUGACAUCUGCAGCGGUGAAAAAGAAACAGCAAAUUAAGAGACAAGUUACAGAAAGGAAAAACCUGAGAGAUUUAUGGCUUUAUUUACAGCAAGGAUGCUCCGUUUCCAGAGAACGAUGCUGCGCUGCGGCGCGUCCCCACAAAGUGAAACAGGUCAGCUUUAAUCACAGACGGUUGAUUAGGUGCAAACUGGAGCAGAUCUGACUGCAGAUUAAGCACAAAUGAUCAGAUAUGAGCAGUGAGAAGUGAAAAAAGGACAUAUGUCCUUUUAACCCCGGUGUCCCUUUAGGUUGUUUUCUUAAAGAAUGUCAUUCAAAAAUUAUAUGCUAAAUAUUUUUUCACACAGCAACUAAAUAGUUUUAUUUAAAAAAUUUUAUUCUAAUUAAUUUUUUAGCGAUUUAAAGUCUGCAUUUGAAUCAAAUUACAUGAUUUGAAAAAUCCAGAAGGGACAAAGAUUACUUUAUUUCACCUAAAAUGAAUUACCUGGAGAGACAAAGACUCAUGAAAAAUUCACAUUUAGCUGAUGACAUACAUCAUCUGGCCGAUAUACACGCAGUCACUGGGAAAGUUCUGCAAAAUGAAAUGAAACAGAAGAAAUGUCUGUUGAUUUUUCACGCUCACUCCUCCUCUACUUUUCCAGCCUCUGUUGGAUUGUCUUUGUGGUUUUCUGCUGCUGCAGCCCCUUUUUUUAUUUUAUUUUGUGACACAUCACUGUGUCUAUGAUUAUAGUUAGUGGCUUUGUUUGUUUAGAAAGCUACCCAGUGGUAUUGUUUGCAGUAUUCGCUAGCGAGGCAGAAUGAGGUCGAGCCAGCGCUGUCGCCUGAUUGGUGGCGUUCUGUUUCCGUUUAAUUCACUGCAAUUACUCAGCUAAAGCCGCAGCGUACAGCGCAUCACAGCACUGGAGGCCUGCAGCGCAUCCUGCUCAACAAAUAACAUGUCUAAUCUCCCUCGCAUCCUGAUUCCCGCCUGUCCGAAAGGACGGUUCUGGAAGCAGACUUUGCAGCUGCUGCUUUCAUAACCUGAACUUCCAAAACUGCUACACAAAGUGUUAAAGUGACUGGAUUUCAAAUUUAGUCCAAAUGUUUGCAUUUUGCGUCACUUGAAGCUUGAACUCUACAGAAAAAUGAAUGCUAAUUUUAAUCUCAGCGUUAUGACCUUAUUCUUUCCAUUAUUUUCCAGAAUUUUGACAUUAAUCUCUGAUCAUUCUGGAUUUAAAGUCAGAAUUCUGAGAAAAAAUUUCAGAAUUCGAUUUUUUCAGUGGUCGUAUUUCUCUUCCAUAGAAAUGAAUGUGUUUAAUUGACCUUCUGGCCAGAGGGCAGCCGGGUUCCCGGCUUGUUCUGCAGAACCUUCUAUGCAGCCUGAGAUCUUCUGCCUCUCUUCUUGUUGUGUCCAUGGGGUUAACAUGACAGCUGCUGUUGUACAGUGCAUGCACAACUGGCUCCUCCCCCCUCAACCCCCACAGCUUGGCUGCCUCCACAAACUCCACACGACUGUUUUCCCCUUAUUUACCGCCUGGCUCUGCAGACGCCCGGCUUCACAUUGAGAUGCUGCAGAGAAGCAGCUCAGCUCUGUGGAAAGCAGCAGCAGAGGGAAACGUUCUGCACUGAGGAGGGUUACAGGAGGAAUCAGUGUUACUGUCACAGUUACAUGUGAGGCUGCCCUGCACACCUCACAAAAAAAUCUAGGUGAAUAUUUCACUCACGUUAAACAGAAAACACAAGGAAGCAGAAUGCAGAGGAUAAAAACUCUCCAGAUGUGACGUUGUGGUUCAAAGCCUGCAGACGCUGUAACGCUUCGCCGCUGACUCAUCCGAACACAGAGACUCUGAGUGUGAACUCUGCUUCAACCCUGCCACUGUCGCUUAGUUUGGGUUCAUCUGUGUGGUUUUUUAGAACGUAGGGCCAAAUGACAUUUGAACAAAAGCUGUCCUGUGAUGUUAUUUUUGUAUGUUGGUUAUUGCUGUUGUAAUGUUUGUUUUCUACUGUUUUUGUUGGCUUUUUGUUUCUGUUUGUGACAGAUGCUCCACUGACUCUCAUUAUACGCAGAUGACACCUUUAAUUCAUUUUUUCCACAAGGGAUUAGUCUUGGCAGCGCUUGUGUUUCUCUACAAGGUGCAAAAAGGCCUUUUUUUGUCUUAAUACUGGAACAAGCACAUCAAUUCAGAAUGAAAAGAGGGAAAAUUUAGCAAAUGCACUAUAUUACCAGCAGUAUUCUCUGCUCUACCUUCAUCUGAGAUACACAGUCCUAGAUAUAAGUUGGUAUAUGAUGGCAGCCGUGGAAAUUGUUGGCCAUUCUCCCGACCUUUCCAUAGCAGUCUGCACGGCUCACUUCUGAUUGUUAAAAAUUUGUUUUGUAACUAAAUUGAAUAUGAAUCUGAUUGUUUUAAAUCUUCUACAUCUUGUGUCAAACUGAAGGUACGGGGGCCAAAAGGCCCCUGACCAAAAACGUUGUUUUUAUCUCAGUUUUUUAGCACAAGCAAAUUACAUCAACGUGAAAAGAUGUUCAAUAUUAUUAAAUUUUAAUUAUUGUUACAGAGACAGCUGAUUAAUCAUAUUUCAACAGUUUGUUCAUAGGUUUUAUUCAGCUGGCUAAGUUUUAUCUUAUCCAAAUUGAAAAUGAUUUUGACAUCGUUGGUCUGAAUUUUCUGCCACUUUUACUUGAAACGUGUCGUAAUUCUGCACCAGAAGAAGCCGAAAACAAUGGCGGAAAACUCAUUAUAAAAUUAUAAAAGGUGUGUGUGUGUGUGUGUGUGUGUGUGUGUGUGUGUGUGUGUGUGUGUGUGUGUGUGUGUGUGUGUGUGUGUGUGUGUGUGUGUGUGGGUGGGUGGGUGGG